AUGCUCAGUUUAGUGUGUAUUGUUAGAGAGGUUUUUUUUUUUGCUUGGGAAAGUGCACGUGUUCAGCACAGGGCCAAUCAGCACUGUCCAGACAGAGGUCAGGGGUUCUGCAUCCUCCUAGAGCAGAAAGAAAACUCCUCUGACAAGCUUUAACAUGUGCUCUGCUGGACACUGAUAGAAGUCACAAGGCUGCUGUAAUUGCUGAUGAGAAAAGGUAAUUAUCAGUUUAUAUUUACUAAAAUAAUAGCACUUCCAUGUUCUGUGUACUGUGGGAGACCAAAUAGAGUGAAUGCAGGGUCCUGGG